AUGAAUGAGAAACGAAUCAAAUUCGAUGAGCCACAUUUGUGUUUGUCUUUGAAAACUCCAAUUGAAUAUGAAUCAGUUAAUAAAUUUCCAAGUCUGGAAGAAGCUCUGAAUUCAGAAAUAAAACAUGGUCAAGUAGAUCCCAAUAUGAACACGAAGAAGUUGAGAAGAACAAUAUUAAAUCGAUUGUCUGCUCAAAGGUCUAGGAUGAGGAAGACUGAAUACAUUGAUUUGUUGAAAAAAGAGGCCAAAGAUCUUGAGGAAAGGAUAGCUUUUUUGGGACGAAAAAUAGAAAAUGACAAAGACAACAACAAGAAGCUGCAGCUUGAGAAUCAAAUGCUGCAAUUACAAUUGGAUAGCAUCACUAACAAAUCUAAUUUACUCGCUGAGCUGGAAGCUGAGUUGAAGAGGCUUGAGGAACCUGAGGAUGAGGAAGAUGAAGAGUAUAUCGACAUAGACCAGUAUCUCAACUUUGACAACAUGAACUUUUCCUCAUCCAGGAAUGACGGUGGUUCAACAGAAAUGAAUGAGAAACGAAUCAAAUUCGAUGAACCACAUUUGAGUUUGUCUUUGAAAACUCCAAUUGAAUAUGAAUCAGUUAAUAAAUUUCCAAGUUUGGAAGAAGCUCUGAAUUCAGAAAUAAAACAUGGUCAAGUAGAUCCCAAUAUGAACAUGAAGAAGUUGAGAAGAACAAUAUCAAAUCGAUUGUCUGCUCAAAGGUCUAGGAUGAAGAAGACUGAAUACAUGGAUUUGUUGAAAAAAGAGGCCAAAGAUCUUGAUGAAAAGAUAGCUUUUUUGGGACGAAAAAUAGAAAAUGACAAAGACAACAACAAGAAGCUGCAGCUUGAGAAUCAAAUGUUGCAAUUACAAUUGGAUAGCAUCACUAACAAAUCUAAUUUACUCGCUGUGCAAAAUGAAGAGCUGGAAGCUGAGUUGAAGAGGCUUAAGGAACCUGAGGAUGAUGAAGAUGAAGAGUAUAUCGACAUAGACCACCUUGUCAGCAAUCAAAGUUCUACCGAUGAAAACUACAGACGAUGGAAUGUUCCACGAAUAAUAGAUCCUUCCGUGAAGAUCCUGCCUUUGCGUAGAGCUAAUGCCAGGAAUGCAAACGCAUCUCCUCCAGUCCCAGAUCAGGAAGUCUCCAAUGUUGAAUUCAGGAACGCCAUUCAGAUAUUGUCUUUGAGUAUGGCCAACCUGAACAAUCAGUGGGUUGAAGCUUAG